AUGUCUGCUAUUGUUGAUACUGAUAUUCUGAUCGUGGGCGCAGGCCCUGCUGGCGCCGCCCUCGCAUCUUUUUUGGGUCAGAAUGGAAUGAGAGGCCUCGUCAUUUCCAAGGACCCGCAUACAGCUUACACGCCUCGAGCUCAUGGGUUCAACCCUUUUGCGCUAGGUAAGAUCUGGUAUGCGUAUGAGCCUAGAAUGUUGCUGACGCGAAUGGAGUGUCUUCGGGAUAUCAAUAUGGAGGACGAGUUGCUUCGGCUGGCCAUUCGCGAGCCUUUCAUCCUUUCACCACGCUUUGCACAGAGCUUCGUUGGAGAAGAAUACGGACGACUCGCUUCAUGGGAGAGAAUCCUACGUCUUCAACGAAAAGAGACAACGCCUUGCGAAUACGUCGACUUGUCACAGCGCCACUUGGAGCCUCUUCUUUUGCGCUUUGCAUCUCAUAAUGGCUUCAACAUUCGGUUUUCAACUGAGAUUCUCAACGUUGAGAUCAUCCCAAGUCAGACAGCCAAACCCGCUUAUGUCUGUACUGUCUACGAUCAUAUCAUCAAGCAAGAGUUCAAGGUUCGCACAAAGUAUCUCUUCGGAGCUGAUGGGGCGCGCAGUCAGAUAGCGCGUCAAUUCGACUUCAAGUUCCUCACUCAAAGCCCAGGCCCAAAGGCUUGCAACGUCUUGUUUCGUGCAGACCUUGCAAGGCACUUGACGAAAUCGCGUCUCGGUGGGAUACACUGGAUCAUACAGCCCGAACGUACCCUUUUCCCUGGCAUCGUUGCCCAUCUUCGAGCUGUUCGGCCUUGGAACGAGUGGGUGCUUGUGGCGUUUGGUCCACAAGGAGAUAAUCCCUUCGAGGGUGUGAGCGCUCAGAGUCCCGAGCUGGUGGACUUGAUCAGACAGCUCGUGGGAGAUGAUUCGCUUGAUGUUGAGAUUUUGACGCUCGACGCUUGGACUGUGCGUGAGUCUGUUGCGGAAAAAUACUCCAAGGACGAUCAAAAUUUGUUUCUGCUAGGUGAUGCAGCACACAGACAUCCUCCAACUUUCGGCCUCGGUAGCAACACUUGCAUCCAAGACGCGUAUAACCUGGCUUGGAAAGUGGCUUACGUGUCGAAGGGUUGGGCCGGACCAGGCCUGUUAGCGUCCUAUAGUCAAGAGAGACAGCCAGUCGGUGCCGACCUUGUUCGAGAGAGCAACAACCAUAUGCGAAAGAAUGCAGAGCUGUUCCGUGUAUUUGGAAUGAUGGCCCCGUCUGCCGAGGGCACGAAGCAAGUGGAUCAACUAUCGCAUGCGACGCCGGAGGGUUCAGCGCGCCGUGCCGAUCUCUAUGCCGCGCUGGAAGAGAAGAAACAAGAGUUUGAGAGCCUUGGCUUGGCCCAUAAUCAUUUCUAUGUAUCCAAGGCCGUGUACCUUGAUGAUGAGCCUAGCCCAAGACCAGAACUGCAAGGUGAUCCAGUCGUGGAGGUCCAGAUCAGUGCCUAUCCUGGUAGUAGAUUGCCUCACGCAUGGAUUGACAAACCAAACCGACUGGGCAUGAUGUCGACGCUGAAUUUGGCUGGAAAAGGGUCCUUUUGUUUAUUGGUUGGCGUGGAUGGUAGUGCUUGGAGAAGCGCAGCUGAGGCCAUCACGACUGCGACGGGCAUCCCAAUCAAUGUCUUUGGCAUUGGGCCGGGUCAGGAGUAUAUUGAUGUUUAUAGGCGUUGGUAUGAGAAGAGGGGUGUUAGCGAUAGUGGAUGUGUUCUCGUCCGGCCAGAUCGAUUUGUCGCGUGGAGAUCUGUUGGCAAGCCUGCGAACUCUCAAGAUGUUACACUUCAUGUGAGUACACCAAAACACCAAGAACUUCAAUUCUCAAGCAUGGACUCUCUGCUCCAAGGCGGUUAUCUGAGCUUAGAAGCACCUGGUCAUUGGCUGCUACUUCUCUUUGUUCUAUUCUUCCUCUACAACGCAACUACUGUUCUCUUCAAUCCGCUUUCGCGUUUACCAGGCCCAUGGAUAACCUGCUGCUCGGACCUGAUAGCGACGUAUCACUGGCUAAAGGGCACACGAGCCCAAUACGUCCACACGCUUCAUCAGCGAUAUGGCCCAGUGGUGCGAAUAGGCCCUCACGAGGUUGACAUUUCCGACAUGACAGCAGUCAAUGAGAUCCAUCGCGUCAAAGACGGCUACAGAAAAGCGCCAUUCUACAAGAAUCUCAUUCCCAACACAAACAACCUCUUCAACACCCUUGAUGUAGAGUUCCACCGUCAUCAUCGACGCCUACUGUCCUCUCCCCUUUCUGAAUCAUCGCUCAAGGCUGUGGAACCAACAGUUGACGCUUAUGUCAAGAUGGCAAUUGCCAGUAUGAAGCGUGAGAUGGAUGAGCGUGGAGCAGCGGAUGUAGCAAAGUUCUGGCUCUUUAUGGCCACGGAUAUCAUCGUUGAACUCAGCUUCGGGGAGUCUUUCGGCAUACUGGAACACGGUAAAAAAAACCAGUACAUCAAAGACCUGGAAGGUCUAGCAGCCAAAGGCUCCAUUCGAUCGACAUUCCCUACCCUUAUAUCCCUCGCGACCAAGCUCCCCCUGCCCGUCUUCAAAGAGACCGUUGCUGCCGCACAACGCAUCAAGGACUACUCCGCCGAGGCAGUUGCACGCUACAAGAGAGAUUACGCAAACAAUCCUGCGGCAGCCAAACCUAUGUUGUUCAGGAAGCUGUUUGAAGCCGGUGGAGAUGGUCUAUCCGAUGACGAGAUUCGUGCUGAGGCGCAGGCGUACAUCGUCGCUGGCUCAGAUACUACCGCGACGACGUUGACGUACCUUAUAUACUCCGUCUGUCGUCAUGCCGAUGUGCGGCAGAAGUUGGUCAAAGAGCUUAUGGAACUAACCGAUGAUUUUGGCCACAAUGACUUGCGCGAUCUUCCGUAUCUGACCAACGUCAUCGAUGAAACGCUUCGUCUCUACGCAGCAGUCCCUGCAGCUCUUCCUCGAGUCGUGCCCACUGGGGGCGCUCACCUUGCAGGCCACUUCAUCCCAGGUGAUACUGUCGUUUCAACGCAAGCCUGGACCUUGCAUCGCGAUCCGCAGGUAUUCCCGGACCCAGAAACCUGGGACCCGUCACGUUGGGAGAAGGGUAGCAAGAUAAUGCACGAUGCCGUCAUGCCAUUCGGCGGAGGCUCAAGAGUCUGUAUCGGGAAGCAUCUUGCGCGUAUGGAGCUUCGCUUGGCCACGGCGAGAUUCUUCCGCGCAUUUCCAAAUGCUAGGGUUUCUUCCAUUGAGGGCAUGUCGGAAGAGGAUAUGGAGCUGCGAGCGUACUUUCUUUUGGCGCCAAAAGGAGGACGGUGUCUGAUUCAGCUGGAAUAG